UCCCUACACACACACACACACACACACACACUCGAGUGGUGCGACGGAGACGAAGAAGCCGAGGGCGAUCUCAAACCCUCGCCGCCCCCGAUCUGCUACGCCGCCGCCGCUGCUCCGCCGUGCCGUCGCCGGAGACGAUGAUGUUCAUAAGAGGGCUCUCCGGGAAGCGGCGGUCGGGGGCGGCGCCGGUGUACCUCAACGUCUACGACCUCACCCCGAUCAACGGCUACGCGUACUGGCUAGGGCUCGGCGUGUACCACUCCGGCGUGCAAGGGUUUGGGGGUGUUUUUUUUCUUUUUUUGGGCGCAGUGCACGGGGUGGAGUACGCGUACGGGGCGCACGAGCACCCGACGACGGGGAUCUUCGAGGGGGAGCCGCGGCAGUGCCCGGGGUUCCGGUUCCGGAGGUCGAUCCUGAUCGGGCGCACGGAUCUGGGCCCGCGCGAGGUGCGGGCGCUCAUGGAGGAGCUCGCCGCGGAGUACACGGGCGACACCUACAACCUCAUCUCCAAGAACUGCAACCACUUCUGCGACGACGCGUGCCUCCGCCUCGCCUCCAAGCCCAUCCCCAAAUGGGUCAAUCGCCUCGCCAAGAUCGGGUUUCUGUGCAAGUGCGUGUUACCGGUGCACGUGGCGGCGGUGCGGCGGAGGGGCGAGGAGGAGCUGGGCAAGGGGGAGAGGGCGAGGCUGCGGAGCAACUCCACCAGGUACCCUUCCGCCGCGCCGGCGCCGCCCACCGCCGCCGCCGCGUCCUCGGCGGCCCAUCUCUCGUCGCUCUCCGUGGGGACUAGAAGCGUUCGAAGGAUUCGUCGCUCGUUCUCGUCCUCGUCGGCGUCGACGACGACGAAGGCCACGCUCGUCGGGAUCGCCUCCUUUAAACCCUAAUCCCACGGCGGCGGCGGCGCCGCUCCUCGUCGGCGGCGAUUUUUUGGGGCAAAAUCCCCGACUCAAAAAAAAAAAGGAAUCCCAUUUUUUUCCAUUUUUUCAAAAAAAAAAAUCUGGAUUGUUUUUCCUUUUUUUUAUUAUUUUGUUUUUUUUAAAAAAAUUUGGGAUCUUCGGAUUUGAAACGGUUGGAAUUGAAUGCGAGCAGGGGCGCACGAAUUCUUCGGUGGGCCCGGUGUUUGGUGUUUCGCACGAUGCGUGUCCUCGUUCUGAGCGGCCGUGUUUCCGUCGCCGCAAACUCGUGGGGGAGAAGUUGGUGAGCGACACGUGGUGGACCGGGCGUACAUUUACGGUGGUAGUGGGUCAACCUAAUCAUGCAUUUGAUGGCCAGUGAGGUGUAGGUCAUAUUCAGGAAUUUCUUUUUAGAGAAGUUGGAGAGAGCGUGGUGGAAUAUAUUUUAACAAAAAAAAAAGAAAAAGAAAAAGAAAAAGAAAAAGAGUGUUCAAGGUUUCAGUUGGGUUGGUGAGGGUUUUUCUUCAUUUGGACUCUUGACUCGGUCACUAGCGCUCAAAACAAUCACACCUGAGAAUGAUGAAAUAACAGAGACGUCACUGUGCUUUAAUUCGAUUCCGGAGUCAUCAAGGUAAAAGGAGGGAAAAAGGUUUUUUUUUUUUUUUUUUUUUUUUUUUUUUUUUUGCAUAUAGGUCUCCUCAAAUAAAAUUUUACAGAUGACCUUGGCAAAUUUAUACUUGCAUAUAUAAUUAUUUUCUUGCCAUGUGAGCGUCACAUUUGUGUUUAAGUUAAACACGGUGAAUAAAUUACUGUACUUAAACACGGUGAUUAAAUCAUUAUAUUCAUAUUCACAUUUUAGUCCCUCAUUUCUAAAUUAGGAACGAAAAAAAAUAUAAAAGAAAACACGAUGAUCCAAUUAUCGUAUUUAAAUAUGGUAAUUGAAUCAUCAUGUUCAACUUAAAUACAUCAACCAAGUACUUGGAUGGUAAGGAAAUGGCUACUUAUGCAAAUAUAAAUUUGGUAGGAUUAUUUGUAAAAGAAAAAAAUAAUAAUAAGGAGACUAAAUGCAAAAAAAAAUUCCUCUUUGGAUAAAUAACAUGCCGAGAAGUGGAGUCAGUUUUGUUUCGUAAAAUUGUAGGAUAUGACAAUUGCAAAGGUAAACUUUAACUUAUUUCAUCGAGGCUAAGCGCAUUUUUACUUUA